CUGUUUUUUUUCCUUUUAACUUCUGGUCAGACUGUUCCUUUUAGUGGUCCAAUUUAUGGUGGCCUGAAAGAUGGGAUGACCAUAAUAGUCACUGGAAGUGUUUUGAAGUCCUGCAGAAGAUUCCAGGUUGACUUUCAAUGUGGCAAUUGUGAAAUGCCUAAAUCAGAUGUUGCUUUCCAUUUCAACGUCCGUUUUGAUGAGAACUGUAUUGUAUGCAAUUCACACGAAAAGGGGAACUGGCAGCAAGAAGAAAGAAAAUAUGAUAUGGUUUUCCGCAAAGGGCAUCCUUUUGAGAUCCGGUUUCUUGUGAACAUCUCUUCCUUUGUGGUUCUGGUAGAUGGAAAGCUGUAUUUGGAAUUCAAGCACAGGAUCCCUCUUUCCCGGGUAGAUACCAUCGGAAUUUCAGGAGAACUAGAUGUGAUCUCGAUCAGCUUCCAAGGUCCAAUUACCUAUCCAGUUUGUUCCAAUCCAGUUUUCCCAACAUUCUCACAGCCUCUCCCUUACCGAGCUACCAUCUGUGGGGGCUUUUUCCCAUCCAAAUCAAUAAUGGUCUCAGGUUCUGUGUCUCCUUGUGCUCGGAGGUUCGAGAUCAAUCUGAAAGUGGGGAACUGUAUUGCUUUACAUAUCAACCCACGGUUUGAUCAGAACGCGAUUGUUCGAAACUCUCUGCUCAACAUGUGCUGGGGCUCAGAGGAAAGACACCUACCCUGUGGGAUGCCUCUGAUGCGUGGCCAACCCUUUACCAUCUGGAUUCAGUGUGAAGCACACUGCUUUAAGGUGGCUGUGAAUACACAUCAUCAGUUUGACUACAACCAUCGCAUAUGUAGCCUUCUGAUAAAUCUGCUCGAAGUGGACGGUGACAUAACAUUGACCAACAUCCAAGCUUAA